AUGACGCCACGCAGGGAAGAAGGCGGGUGGAAGGUGGCCUACAUGAAGUGGCUGCGCGCCGCCAUCACCCAGAAGAGGCCGGCAGCACUGUCGCCCCGAAGAGGAGAACCCGAACGACGCUCUACACCGACAAACUACGACGAGCAGAUCAAAAUCGUCGUUCUCGGCCUCCCCGGGGUGGGCAAAGUGUCGAUAUUGCGCCGCCACAAACAGAGCACCUCGGCCGAUAGUCCUGCUCCUGCCACCACCACCACCACCAGUAGUGGUUGGUUGGACCUUGACAUCCGCCUGUCCCGUACACGAUUCUCGAGCGCGAACUUGAGCUUCUGUCAAGUCACGAAAGGUGUGCUGGUCGUCUACGACAUCGCCGACAUGCCGAGCUUUGACGCCACGACCGUGUUUCUGCAGGACAUUCGAAAGUAUGCGCCUGAAGAUGUGAGCGUGGUGCUGGUGGGCAACAAGACCGAUCUGGCGCCGAAGAACCGCGUUGUGACCGAGCAGAUGGGCAGGCGGCGUGCGAAGGAAUGGGGCGUGCUGUUCUGCGAGUGCUCCGCCACGGCGAACGAGGGCGUGGACGCCUUUCUUCUUCUCGUCGCAGCCAUGCAGACCAGCUGGCAGCGACCGGCGGGCAUGGCCACGCCGGACCACGUGCCGAGCGAAUCCCUCCUCGCCCAGCUCUUCCCUCCUCCAGUCAUCGCCGGUGCCGAGCCCAGCAGCACCGAUGCAGAGGCCCAGCAGCAGUGGUGCGUGCUUCAGUAG